AGAGUGUAGGGUAACAGUCUAAGAACACGCUAUGCUGUUGGAAAUCCUAGCAUAUAAACGACUCUAAUUCUGUUGUUUUAGGCAAAGCAACAAAAUGGCACAUGGAGGCAGAGAGCUGAUAAUCAACGUGGAAGAACAGGAUCAGAUCAUUGAAGGUUUAGUGGGACAAUUUGGAGAUAAACAGCUCCCUGAAGGAAAGGAAUACCACAUUUUCUUCUCCCAUGCUUCCAUAGAUCUAAAAUGGGUGAGACAGAUAGUGAAAAUACUUGAAUCCCCACCUUAUAAUCUCACAUGUUGUUAUGACGAUAGGGAUUUCAUGCCAGGACGAACUAGUAUAUUUGAAAUCAACAGGUGCAUCAUCACCAGUAUGAAGACAGUGUUGAUCUUCACUCCAGAAGCAGUGCAGAGUCGAUGGUGUCAGACAGAGGUGGACACUGCUAUUACAGCUUCUUACGACAACCUCAUUGACAUUGUACCUAUUAAACUGAGACAAUGCGAACUACCUGACACAUUGAAACACAUCAGUUAUCUGGAUAUUACAAACAUGGAGCUGAAUCAAGGGAUCGAAAGAAUCAUUCCGGCUAUUACAAGAGGGGAUGACCAACCUGAAUUACCACCUCAAGUGCAGCGGAACAUGGCAACAAGUGGAUCAUACUUUAACAUCCCAACAAAACCAAGUGGACUAUUGUCAAGUUCAUGCAUGUUGGAUAUAUCACCAAAUAUGUUGAAAGAAGGUUUGGACACAAGGCGCAUCCCUCUUCAGGAUAAUGAGGUUGAAACUUUAACGAAGGACAUCAAUUCUUCUGGACUUAUGAGAAAAGCUUGGGUUAUACGUAGUAACUUUCCUUGUUUACCAGAACGAGGUUCAGUAUGCUGCACAGUAGGUUAUGGGACUUUUACAUUCCUUAGCAUUAUACCAAUCGUAGUUCUAUCAACGCUGUUCAUUCUUUUUCCACCAUCGGGGUUAAAUGCUACAGGUGUUUUCAUUAUUGUAUUAUCAGAAUUGAU